AUGCCCAAAAUAACAAGCCUGCAGGUGGUUAUUGUCGGAAUCGACGCAAAUGCAAGGAAGGGACUCAAACAGCAAUCCGAUGUGCUAGGAAAAUGGUACUAUGCAGCGGAGUGCACGUCGGACAAUGGUGACCGUCUGUUCAAGUUGUGCGAACAGACGGGCCUCAUCAUCGCUUCCACGUUUAAGAGGAAUCAUCGACGCCAUCAGCUCACGUGGCAGGAGUCAACCCUUUUAACGCCUGAAGAGCAGCGCAAGCGGAAGAUGAGGACUUUUGAACUUCAGCUCGACUACGUUCUGGCGAGGAACAUUCCUCAGUCAGAUAUCCGAAAAUCUAGAGCUGUUUGGGACGUCGCGUUCGACCCUGACCACCGCCCAGUUCUUCUCAGCUGCAAGAUACGGUUCCACAAGAGAACCCAAGGAGUUCCUCUUCAACGGAAAAUCUACAUGGCAGGUCUGAAAAACGAUGAAUGCAGAAGAAAAUUCCGCCAACGUGUGUCUAUUCAUGUUGGAGUACGGACCAGGAAGAAGCUUAGCGAUGCGGAUUCCUUCACAAAGUGCAUCCAGGACGCUGCAGGGGAAAAGCUCCCGGUUCUAUUGCCGCGGAAGAAGUUUGCCUUCGCAUCUGCGGAAACAAAAUCCACAUACAAUUCUGUAUGUGUCGCACGCAGCGUUGGUGACUUCAACCAGGAAAAGCGUCUUAGAAGGAAGCUGCGUCGUCAACUGCAACAAGACCGCGAUAACGAGUGGACGUCAAGAGCGAUGGAGUUUGAAAAGGCGUGGGAGGACAAGAACCGGCGGAAAGCCUAUGCUUUACUAAAACAGUAUGGCGGCAAAAUGAAAAGAUGA